CAGCAGAGUAUAAAUACGGAGACAAUCAAACCGGUCAACGACUAAUCAGACAAGUAAAUGGAAAGACCGACGAGACAGCGGAUUUUAACGAGUUAUGACGCAGUUCAUUUAGCGCUAAGAGGUGUUAGGGUUAGCUAGCUUGGUUCAGCAGCAGGGCUAAACUGUGGGAACAUAAACAAGGAGCUACUCGCUUCUGACAGACCGCUGCCAGCCGGUCACUCAGCAUGGCAGUCAAUAAAUCCAAAGUCUGCGUUGGUUUCAUAGUUUUAGGUGUGCUAUCGACAUUUUUUGGUAUAAUUCUUGUGUUUGUUGGACCAGUCAUCAUCAACGACCAAGUAGUAAAGAACACGAUGAUCGAUCCAAAGAAUGAGCUGUCUUACACAAUGUGGAAGGACCUCCCUGUGCCCUUCUUCAUGUCGGUCUACUUCUUUAAUAUCCUGAACCCAAAGGAGGUCCUGAAAGGAGAGAAGCCCAUGGUGGAGGAGCGAGGUCCUUAUGUGUACAGAAAGUACUGCCAGAAAGAAAACAUCACCUUCCACCCCAACGGCACCGUGUCCUACAGAGAAUACAGAAGAUACUCGUUUGAGCCGUCCAUGUCUGUUGGUAACGAGUCAGAUGUAGUCACUAUUCCCAACAUGUUGGUGCUGGGUGCAGCAGUGAUGUUGGAGGAUCUGCCUUCUGGUGUGCUUUUCUUGAUCAGCUCCACCUUCAAAUUUUUUAAAGAAGGUCCCUUCCUGACUAAGACUGUGGGAGAGCUGAUGUGGGGUUAUGAUAGUGACCUGGUGGAGUUCCUGAGUACGUACCUGCCCGGGAUGCUGCCCUCAUCAGGGAAGUUUGGUCUCUUUCUUGAUUUCAACAACUCCAACACUGGUCUCUUCACUAUCCACACCGGAAAAGAUGACAUAAAAAAGGUCCACAAAGUCGACUCCUGGAACGGCCUCAAAGAGGUGAGCUACUGGAGGACUCCUCAGUGCAACAUGAUUAAUGGAACAGCUGGGCAGAUGUGGCCUCCAUUCUUGACUAAAGAGAGCACCCUACCUUUCUACAGCCCUGAUGCAUGCAGGUCGUUGGAACUAGUUUACCAGCGGUCUGGAAAGAUGAAAGGCAUUCCUUUGUAUCGAUUUGUUGCACCAAAGACCAUGUUUGCUAAUGGGACAGAUUACACCCCCAACGAAGGCUUCUGCCCCUGCAGGCAGUCCGGUCUGCUCAACGUCAGCUCCUGCCGCAAUAAUGCCCCAGUCUUCAUCUCCCAGCCCCACUUCUUUAACGCCGAUCCGGUGCUACAGGACUAUGUGUUGGGUCUUCAUCCCACUGAGAAGGACCAUGGCCUCUUUAUUGAUAUCCACCCACUAACGGGUGUCCCUCUGAACGUGUCCGUCCGCCUGCAGCUCAACCUUUACAUGAAGAGAGUGCCAGGAAUUACAGAAACUGGGAAAAUUUCUGAGGUGGUGAUGCCAAUGCUGUGGUUUGAGGAGAGCGGGUAUAUAGAUGGACCAGUCCUCACUACGUUCCACAACAACCUAGUUGUUCUACCUGCUGUGAUGCAGUACAUGCAGUAUAUCUUCAUAGCUCUUGGUCUGGUAACGAUUAUAGUUGCAUCCUUGGUGCUGUACAAGGCAAAGCGGUCUCGUAAAUCAGUGUUCUCCACGGUGAUGGAAAACCCCGGGGCAACCGGUUAUGGGAAUGUAAAAGACUCUCAGGAGAAAACUCUGGGUGUCUCAGAGUGAGACACGUGGAAGCAGAGCAGCACCAAGUGGAGACGGGAGCACUGCAGCUGAAGAACGAACCCCCCUGCUGCAACACAACGCAGAGCGACUCACACACACAUAAAACACUGCUUGUAUCAUGAACUGAAACACUUCUGCUCAGUAUGCUUAUAUUAAAAACACCAGUGCUGUAUUUAAAUUGUAAUGUUUACAAGGAAGCCGAAGAUGAAAGCUGAUUUGACGGUUUGUUACCAAAGGAAAAGUUAAUUAUCUGUAGUGGUAACAGCUUUAAAUGUGUUUGUUUGACUGUGAUUGUCUCUGCUGAGCCAAACCAUUUACACGUUUCUCCUCAUUAGGAGGACUAGAGAUCUACUGUAAAAAUAAUGAUUUGUUUAAUUUUUAUAUAUCAUUUUUUUUUACUUGGAAAACAAGGGGAACUAUCAAGAAAAAUGUAUUUGUUUCACCAGAAUUGUGCCUUCAUCUCAAAGGAAGUCUUUCCCUAUCAGAGCAGAUUCAGAAUCAUGUUUUUAGGUGCACUGAUUAUGAAGAUAGUCUAUAAUGUGUUUUUUGUGUCCAUCAGAGGUUUACACAUACAAGUCAGGAGUUCAGAGUCAAGCAGAACAAACACUCCACAUGUAGUACUGUCUUCUGUAAUACUUUAAAUUGUGGUGAGUGCUGUUUGUCAGGCACCUUUUCUACUGAGAAAGUGUAUGAAUUAAAGAGUGUGAAGGUAAAGAAAACUCAUCAAGGUGGACCUGUGAUGUGGGUAAAGCGACCUGGGUUUAACUUUCUCUCUGGCUACUGGGACAGUCUUAUCUACCCAAAACAAAAGUUUGGAAUGAAUGGAUGAAAAUUAUGAACAAGUGUUUAUGAGAGGACUUCAAAAUGGUUAAAAUAAAUGAUAAAUAAUAGGAAAUUAGUAGGCUGCUGAUGCAGUUAAUGUCUGAAGUGUCAGAAAGUAAAAUAUUAUUUGUAGCUAAAAAGACAACUGAACAGCAAUGGAAAGCUCUGUUGCUCAUAAAUUUAACCUAUUGUGUAAGAGAAAUGACUUAAAUACCAUGUAGGGAUAAAGCAGGCCAAUAUUUACCAUUUUUAUAUAUCUGCAUAUACCUCUGUAGUAGUGCCAGUUUAUUAUUUAACACAUGCCACUGUGCUGCUGCUGAAUUUAAUUUAAGUAUAUGUUUAAGUUCCUGGGGUGAACAUAAACUGGUGUUUAUUUUUAUUAACCUGUUUUAUAUUUAGCCCUUUUUUCAGUUUGGUGAUUUGUUUGGUUUUAUCACAAUCCCAGGAUCCACUGAUUUCCCUCUUUCAUAUUCAUUUUCCCUCUACCUUUCCUUACAUUUUUUAUUCAAUUUUUAUUUUUUCUCACCUUAAAACAUAUUUGUAAUCAUUAAAAAAAACUUUUAUACUUAAA